AUGGUGUCAUUGCUGCCAGCAAUGCCGCUGGUCGGCGCCGCCCCCCCACGGCCAGCCAGCCAAAACAUGCGGGGGGGGGGGCCGCCAGCAGCUAUUGAUAAUUUAGCUGCAGCCUGGGCGAAGAAAACGAAACGAGGCGACAGGUUGAGGAACGGCCACAUGGCACAUGGUUGGGCGCCGCUGCAUGUCAGAAACGGGGCCAACCGAACGGCUUUUCUGUCAUCUGUACGGAUUACGGAUUACAGUUUAGGGGGCCCUGAUGACGCUGCCGUCGGCCUCCGUCUCCGUCGAGAGUGCAAUCAUGAGGCUUAUCCUCAAGUCGCGGUAGGGGAGCGUGCGUUUUUUUUUUCCUUGUUGCAAGGAAUCAAAGGGGAGAAAAACGCACCGACCGGUCGGCAGUUUACAAACAUGGUCCAAAAAGGGUCUAAUUGGACCGAGCCGGCUUACUCGAGCCGCAUGGAAAUAAGCCUGCAGCCCUCUUUCAUCAUCAUCCUGCUCGGCCUAUCCCGCACGAACAGAGUUUCUGAUGCUUGUAUCAGUCUUCAAUCACUUGACCUGUUCAUCAAUGCAAACAUGUAA